CGCCAUCGAUCCCCUUUGUCUUCGCCUCAAUAUCUCUGCUAUUCCUUCACUACCUUCUUUGUCCUCUCAUUUUGUUCUUUUCCGAACUUGGUGGUGUUGCUUUCGUUUGGCAUGGUUUCGCCGCUGAUGGAACAAUAGGACAUGAUGUAGCUUUUGCUUGGCUGGAUUUCACUAUCUAAUCUGGUUUUGGGCUCGUCGAUUGGCAAUCGUUGAGUCGGAAAGGAAAUCGAUUCCAAUUACAAAAGGAAAGGGAAAGGAAAAAGGAAAAAGGGGGUUUGAGCUUUGAAGAAAAAAGUUCAUAUGGGAAGGAUUUGAAUUAAGAAGAACCAUAGAUAGAGGAGGAGGAGGUGAUGAUGAUGAUGAAAAUCUGUAGCCCUGAGAAUCCCAGCAGUACUACUGAAACGAUUCCUCGAGAAUUCAUCACCACCACCACUUGCCCCAGCUGGAAACUUUACGAGAAUCCAUUUUAUUAUUCUCAACAUCAUCAGCAAUGCCACAGCAGUAACAAGCAUCCUCAUCCUCACCAUCUUCAUCUCCCUCUUUCGAGCCGUAAAAUUGCUGCUUCUUUUUGGGAUCUUACUUUCUUCAAACCGGUUAUGGAGACAGAACUGGAUAUCGCUCGAGCCCAGAUCAUGGAGUUGAAGGCUGAGCUGGAAUUCGAGCGAAAGGCACGGAAAAAGGCAGAGUCGGUGAGUAAGAAAUUGGUUAAGGAGUUGGCCGAGGAGAGGAGAGGGAGGGAAGCGAUGGAGAGAGUAUGUGAAAAGCUGGCGAGGGAGAUUUUAUCGGAAAAAACAGAGGUUGAUAGGAUGAAGAGGGAAAUGGAGGAGGAGAGGAAGAUGAUGCGGAUGGCUGAAGUUUUGAGAGAGGAGAGAGUUCAAAUGAAGCUGGCGGAGGCGAAGAUCCUGUUGGAGGAGAAGCUGUUUGAAUUGGAGGAAACUAAGCGGCCGAUGACAGACCCUGAUUGUUCUGCUUCCAGAACAAAGCAAAAGAAUCAAGAAGAUAAACCACCAGGGGUGGCGGCGAUGGCCGCCGCUAAUCUAUCAGGAAAAUUUUCGAGGUUGGUUUUGGGUGAAAAAUCUUCUUGUGAAAAUACAGAUGACUCUGAUACAAGAGAAUCAACAAGGGUGAUAUUGGGGGAGAAGAACUCAUCCUGUAAUGAAAAUGUCAGCAGUGGUACGGGUGGCAACUCUUCAUCUGGAAUUCACCGAAGAGCAUCUCUGGAACCGGAGAAUCCCCACAUAAAGCGAGGGAUCAAAGGGUUCGUAGAGUUCCCAAGAGUGGUUCGAGCAAUGGGAUCCAAGAGUAGACAUUGGGGUUCAAAGUUGGAGUGCCAAAAGGCUCAGCUUAGGAUUCUUCUGAAACAGAAGAGUCCCAUCAGGUCGAAUAAUCUAAUAAUGAGUUGAACAUCUUAGUUUUUCUUAGUAGUUUAAUUAUGAAAUCUCUGAAUUUUCUCAUUUCCUUCUUGAUUUGAUUUUGGCUGUGGGUUUCUUGUUUUAGUCCAAAGUUCUUGUUCUUUGAAGAAUAGAAGAAGACAGUAAAUAUGUAUGGAAUGAUUUUGUGAUUGCUGAAUGAUGUACAUGAAUUGUUUGAGUUUGCCAAUGUUUUUAGGCUUUGAAAUGGGUAUUUUUGGAUGUGUUU